CAUCUCACGCGUCUCUCUUUACGUUUUUUUAAUCUUCCUCUCUCUCGUCUCCUACUAUAAAUUCUCGUGUUCCCUUCUUUCCCAUCCUGCACCUCUAUCUCCCACUAAUUUCGAUACUGCCACUAAGCAAAAAAAAGUUUCAGCGAACAAAAAAAAAAACGUAACUGAUAUUCUAUGGCGGAGGAGACGCUAACUCGGACUGACUCAGCUGAGCCAACCGAUAAAAAGCGAGUCAGGGACGAGUCUGACGGCGCGGUUCUCGACUCACCGGAGGUCAAGAGGCUGAGAGAUGAUUUAUUCGACGUUUUCGAUGACUCGGAUCCCGAACCGGUGAGUCAAGAUCUCGACUCGGUUAUGAAGAGUUUCGAGGACGAGUUAUCUUCGGCGCAGCCCCGCGGCGAGACUCAGCCGGAUCUCGGUUACCUUCUAGAGGCUUCGGACGAUGAGCUCGGGCUGCCACCGCCGCCUCCACCGGUUUCCGUGGUGGAGGAGGUGGAGACGACGGAGACGGUGGCGGAUUUGGUACGAGCGUCGUCGGAUUCGUCGGGAAUCGACGAGUUAUGGGGGUUCGAGGAUCACGUGCCGGAUUACGGCUCUUUAGAUUUCGGUUCCGGCGUCGGAGAUGGUGGAGAUUACGUCACCGUUGAGGGGCUGUUUGAUUUUUCCGGCGAAUGUUUUGAUUCCGGCGAUCUAUUCUCGUGGCGGCCGGAGUCUUUACCGGCGGAAUAAAACGAACGUUUUUCUUAGGUAGGAAAUUAAAAACGAUGCCGUUUGUAAAGCGUUUGGCUUCCCUGCCGUUUUUUACCCCUACCCUACGGUAGAUGGUGGUUAAUUUCUAUGGAUUAUUAAUUAUGAGGAUUAGGAAAUUUAAAUAUUUUGUUAUUAGGAAAGUUAAAUAUUUUGUUAGUGGGUGUAACUUUCUAGAUUAGUAUGUGUGCGAAUUCGUUUGUUCCUCCCAGACCUUUAAUUAUCUUCUCUCUUUGAAUAGUUUUUGUUAAUGUGAAAAUGUCCUCGUUCGGGAA